AUGGAAUCUCAGAAAGAAGCCAAAAAAUCGUCUACAGCAAUUGAAGAGCUUAUCUUUCAAGUCAAAGAGUGCAAUAAUAUUGUUCGCCUCGCUCGACUUAGAGGCCCCCGAGCAGACGUCACUGACGAUCUCCUUCAGAUUGAACAGCUCCUUGAAAAGAUAUUAGAAAUGCUGACGGCCUCCGGAAAUUUGUAUUCCGUGCGGUUUACAGAGGCAGCAAAACAAAAUGAUGUGCAGCGUCAGUUUAUUGAAUUAUAUAAUACAGCAGAGAAACAUAGAAAAGAAGAUAGCAACUUAGGAAGCAAGAGCGGGAGGCUAACAACAGCACAAAGCCG